AAAAAAAACCCCACUUUCAUGCUGUGUAGACGCCAAAACUGCCGAAUGCCGACUGAGAAGUAGCCGGAGAGGAGGUAGCAGCCGGCGAGGAAGUUCGCAGCAGAAACUAUGGCGAAUGGAUGGGGACGCUGACUUCUCUUUAACUACUCGCAAGAUUGCGAAUCACAGUGGUGAAAGACGCCGGUGAGGAGGAGGAGGAAUCGAGUUUUGCAAGAGAGGUAGGAAGAUGGGAUACCUAGACGAAGCUAGAGAAAAUCACGUCAAGAAGAAAGUUGAAGAAGCUUUGCGCAGUAAAAUGAAGCAGAAUGCCCUAAAAGAAUGUGAUCACCUCACGGCUAAAUAUGCUGAAUGUGCUGCCGGAAGAACCUUGUCUGUUGUAUGGAAAUGUCGUCAACAGGCUAAAGAGUUGAAUGGGUGCCUUCAUCAAUACACAAACAACACGGUCUUGGAACAAAUGAAAAAAGAGUAUAUGCUUCAACAGGAAUAAAAUGAGCCUCUCAGCCUCAGAAUUGAUCGGAUUUAUACCAGCCUUGGAAUGUAGUUUUCUAUUUUCUUGAAGAAAAAUUACGUUUCGAUUUAAUGAGGCAUAAGUUGCAAAUUCUUGUGAAUCUGUGAUCCAUUAUCCAUCAUUUUGCUAAUCUGGUAAUGAGUGCAUAAAAGCAUGAA